AAAGUGUGCGAGGAGAUGAGAUCAAAGUGCCAGCAAACAACACGACUUCAGGUCAGGGCUUCACAUGAUUCAACCGGUGUUUUUGGUUGGUUUUUUUGCCUUUACACCUAAUAGAUCAUCAAAAUGGACACAUGCCCUUCCCAAAUGUUGUCAUCCAUGCCCAUCAGACAGAUGCUCGGCUGAUUCGCCCAACUUUUGUUGGUGUUAAGUCCAUGCUGGAGUUCUUCUUCACCUUUUGCCGAGCUGAGAACCUUUCAUCUUCCAAAGCACCUCAGAAGGAUUCGAGAACUCUGCUGCCUCUGCUGCGAUAUUUCUCAGAAUGAAGGCCUAAAAAGUAUCAAUCAGAAGCAUCAUAUAGUUUUCGAUUGAAAAAUAUGGUCAAGUCUGUUGCUUUAGGACUCUAUAUUACUAUUUCUUGCGUUGCAUUUAUUAUGUCCAAGAUUAUAGUUUCAUUCCUCCUCUACAAAAGAUGGGCACGGAAGCAUAGGAUCAUGGAAGACACUUUGUCAGGUGGAAAGAUGGUCAUGUUCCGGUCUCCAACAACACGGUCUCUUACUUCAAAGGCUUUUAUGAAGAAGACCAUGAGAUUAUCAAACAAGGACAUCAUUGGUUCAGGUGGCUAUGGUACUGUUUACAGAUUAAUAAUAGAUGAUAACAGUGCUUUUGCUGUGAAGAAAUUGAACAAAGGAAAUACAGAUAGAGAUCACGGAUUCGAAAGAGAGCUGAAUGCAAUGGGUGACAUAAAGCACAGGAACAUUGUCACUCUUCAUGGAUAUUACAUUGCACCGCAGUUUAAUCUUCUAAUAUAUGAACUGAUGCCAAAUGGAAGUUUGGAUGUAUUGCUUCAUGGCAAAUCAGGUAAAGACAAACCUCUGGAUUGGCCUUCAAGGUGCAAAAUAGCACUAGGUGCAGCACGGGGUUUAUCAUAUCUACAUCAUGAUUGUAUUCCACAUAUAAUCCACAGGGACAUAAAGUCAAGCAACAUUCUGCUGGAUCAGAACAUGGAGGCAAGGGUAUCCGAUUUUGGAUUGGCCACAUUAAUGGAACCAGAUAAGAGUCAUGUUACAACAAUUGCUGCAGGGACUUUUGGAUAUUUAGCUCCCGAGUACUUUGAUUCGGGAAGAGCAACAACAAAAGGAGAUGUUUACAGCUUUGGUGUUGUCUUGCUUGAACUUCUAACAGGGAAAAGACCAACAGAUGAAACGUUUAUUGAAGAAGGCACAAAGCUGGUGACAUGGGUGAAAGAAGUUGUCAAAGACAAGAGAGAAGAACAUGCAAUCGACAGUUCCCUGGUAUGUUUUCCAAUGGAAGAAGUCAAGAAAGUGUUCAACAUUGCAGAAAAAUGCCUAGAAUCAGAUCCCUCCAAGAGACCAACCAUGGCUGCAGUUCUUAAAAUGCUUGAGCAAAUAAACCAAACAAAUCUGUAGCUGGUCUCAAUAUACUCUAACCUUGGUCCAUGUAACAAGCAGAUUUCUUGAGGAUUAUGGAAUGCCAUUUUUUAAUGUCUUAUGUACCAAUGAGAAAGAUCUCAUGUAAAUCGUGCAGCAAUGAUUUUUGUAAAUUCCUGCAAGAGACUGCUAUAUGAGACUAAUUAAGAAACAAGAACUGACUGAUAUUAAACU